AACGGCUCCGAUAUUCGUCGUGUAUUCGCUGGGAGAUAUUGGGGUGGUAGUGAUAUUCUGUGUACCUAGUCGAGCGCUUCUGUUGUAUGAAAGAUUCGUUAUAGAGACUUGCAAGUCGCCUCUGAAAAACAACACUUUGUACUGGUUUAGCCGUUACUGUCCCUUGAUUAUAUAUAUAUAUACACAGAUCAAAUGGCCGCUAUUCGUAAGAAACUGGUGGUGGUUGGGGACGGUGCAUGCGGAAAGACCUGUCUGCUGAUCGUCUUCAGUAAGGACGAGUUCCCGGAGGUCUACGUACCCACCGUCUUCGAGAACUACGUGGCGGACAUCGAGGUGGACAGCAAGCAGGUGGAGCUGGCUCUCUGGGACACGGCCGGACAGGAGGACUACGACCGCCUCCGCCCUCUCUCCUACCCGGACACCGAUGUUAUCCUUAUGUGCUUCUCCGUGGACAGCCCGGAUUCUUUGGAGAACAUCCCCGAGAAGUGGGUGCCCGAGGUGAAGCACUUCUGCCCAAACGUGCCCAUAAUCCUGGUGGCCAACAAAAAGGACCUGCGCAACGACGAGAACGUCAGGAAUGAGCUGGCGCGGAUGAAGCAGGAGCCCGUGAAAACCGAGGACGGCAGGGCCAUGGCCGUGCGCAUUGGCGCCUACGACUACCUGGAGUGUUCGGCCAAGACUAAGGACGGGGUCCGGGAGGUCUUCGAGACGGCCACCCGGGCCGCCCUGCAGAAACGCUCCAGGCCGUCGGGCGGCUGCGUCAACUGCUGCAAGUUGCUGUGAAACUCCUGGACGGACCGCUGACAAGCACGAAACGAGCAAGUGAUGGGGCAUGUGAUGCUCCGGCGUCGAUCUGUGCCAAGACUCAUGAAAACGGGACAGAGGGACCCCACCAGCAGACCUUUGGGGUACACUGAGGGGAGGGGGGGGGAGGUUGGUAUGCGCAGAGGGCGAGGGGUGAUGCAUAAACAUCCUCCGGGUAGCUGGAGGUGACAGGCCCAUCGAGAAGUGACAGCCAACAGUUAAUUUAGUGUUUUUUUAUAUAUAUAUACUACUUUGGUUGGACAGGCUUCGCAAACGCCAGGUGACUCU